AUGGAUGAAGUUAACAACCAAGACAUUGAUAGAAUAAUUACUCCAAAUAACUCUGUGUUAGUUUCAGGAUCUCCAAUCACUAAAUUAAUUGCUACCACUAUCGCUACUAAUAAAAUCAAUAAUGAAACAACAUCAAGAUAUAAAUCUAUUGUAUGGGAAAGCUUUACCAUAUUAGAAGAUGAACUAAAAAUUAGAU